CACAGCUGAUGUGAUAACACAUGCUUAGUGACUUUCUAAAUGCUGGAGCACAUUCUGUCCACGCUCACCGGAAGGACACACUGAGAGACAUGGGAAUCAUAGGGGCCUGCAGGAUGGCCCAGGCAGACAGCAAGGUGCUGGUUCUUGGAGCGUUGGCUGGAGUGGCUGGCAUCGGUUUGGCUGUGGUAUGUUACCAGGGUCUUAAGUCGAGGGGAAGAGGCUCGCUCCAGGGGUCCUACCUCAACCACAUUAAUGAACCGAGGGCCGGUGUCAUGUUGAUGGACGGUCCGGGUCUGCCCAGCGGUCAGGCAGAAGUGCUGGAGCGUCUCGAGGCCCUGAUCCAAUGCGUGUCUGAGCUAAAGGAUGAGAUGAAGUCAUUGAAGAAUGCCCUGCCGACACUGCCGGACCAAGUCAGAGAGGAGCUGAGGGCCCGCGAUGUGGCGCGUCGAGCCAGCCCCCUCCACAGGACCACGCCGACGCGAAGGAAAAGGGCUGCAGGCGCCAUUGCUGAUGCCUUAGCUGGGGGGCGGAGCUCAGAGGAAGCAGAGAGUGAGGGAGGGUAUAUGACUGCCCUGACAGACUCCGAUGAAGAAGAGCUAAGUGAUGCAGAACAGAGGGAUGAAGAGAAACUAGAAGACAAGCUAAGUGUCCUCCUGGAGAGGAUCGACAGUUUGCAUCACGGCGCUGAGUCUGACAAAAGGCAAAGUCUCGACCUUCUGUUAGAGCACAAAGAGGAGUUUGGCCGGAACUCAACGUUUCUUUGGCGGCUUAUCCGAGCUUACUGUGAUGUUCAUGACGUCAGCUCCACUCUGGAGGAGAAGAAGACCCAUGCAGCAACUGGGAAGAAAGUCGGUGAGGAGGCAGUGAGCAUGAACCCCAGAUGUGCUGAAAGUCAUCAGUGGUAUGCCAUCAUGUGUGGGAUUAUGGCUGAAUAUGACACAGUGCAGAACAAGAUAAAGAACGGGUACAUCUUUAAGGAUCAUCUGGAUAAAGCCAUUGAGCUGAAGCCACGAGACCCCAUGUCCUACUAUCUGAUGGGCCGCUGGUGCUACGCUGUGGCUCAGUUGUCAUGGAUUGAGAGGAAAGUUGCUGCAACAUUAUUUGGAGAGCCUCCAAAUGCCACACUUGAAGAUGCACUGAAAAACUUUCUAAAGGUUGAGGAGAUCCAGCCAGGAUAUUCCAAACCUAACUAUGUGUUUCUAGCUAAGUGCUACAGAGACCUGGGGCAGAAGGACAAGGCUAGGAAUAUGUGUCAAGCUGCGUCUUCAAUGAAUACGGUUUCCAAAGAGGAUGAAGAGGCACAAAAGGAUCUGGACUUACUCUGUCCAGCGCUUGGACUGUGACCACAGCUGGUACUUACUGUAGCACCUCCUUAUGGAAAUGUAUUUUCCAUGCGCUAGGGACUCUGUGUGUGUGUGUGUGUGUGUGUGUGUACAGUGUGUACAGUGUGUACAAUGUGUAGUGGGCAUUGAUAGGCCAUUAUGUUAAUUCACUCUGUGAGUGGAGUGGUGAGUGAGUGGCAUUAUAUCAUCAAUGGGCUGCCACAGUCCAAACCCUACUUUAGUUCUAAAUCAGAUUUAUAUUCCAAUUACAAUAAAUGUUCUUAUUUCACAAUUUUUUUGUAUAAGUUUCCUUUUAAUUUUGGGAAAACAGUUUGUUUAUACCUGGUUGUUGCUGAUCGGUGAGACAAUUAGUUUCCCCUCUCUUUAAAUUAUCCUGUCUAUGAGGUGGAUGUUUGUUAAAUUUUUUUUUGUCGAAUUGCUUCUGAAAUUGGAUUAAUCAUAAGCACAAAUCAGCGUGAUUGUUGGUGUUAUUUCUGUAUGCCCACUCGGACUGUGUUCGGCAGUGAGAGCAGACGUUCUCUCAGAGGUCCAAUGGCUCUGAUAGGGGAAGUUACUCCAGUGUGUCUAAAGGAUACUAAGUUUCCUUGACAACAAAGGCCUGUUGCUUUUUAGGAAAGUGACCCACAGUACUACCUGUUCCAUCCUGUUUUUGUUUUUUUUAUUGAGUUGUUAUUGUGUCUCCUAGCACAUUCAAGUCGCAAUAACAAAAGCUCAUCAGACAAUGGCUCUCCCAAACAAAGAUGUCUGAAUGCUGUGACCCAUGGGCGACCUCUCAGCCCCUUCACUCGCCAGCUCCAUGUACUCCACGUGGAACCUUUGGACUAUAAUUUGAUCAUGCAGUUAACACACGCUGGUGAUUAUGUUCUUUAUGUUGUUGAUUUUGGAAUCCGUCCAUCAGACAUUCAUUAUUCAGUUUUCUCCUGCUGCUCAACUCCUGUGACAGUAACGUGUAACUGCAGGUAAUCGAAUGAUCCGACAUGCAGACGUGGUGCAAUCUCACAGAGCCCUGGGGGGAGACAUUUUUAAUGUUUUUCCUCGACCCCUGGAUCAGUCAACAACCUUCACUGAAUCGUUUUACUCAGAAGUCUUUCUCAGACUUUUCAUAGAGAAUAUAUCAAAGUUGAAGUGAGUUUAAGUUGACCCUGGAUAUUUGAUGUUCAUAAUUUGGGAGUUUAGACCAGAUGUCCUCAGAAGGAUUUGGCAAAGAGCCCAUCAAUGAAACUGAAAGUCAACGUUGAAUUACUGAACUUUAUUCGUGACUCAUAUGAAUGGGUUAUAUUAUUAAGUGUUUUUGAGCAAAACUCCCUUUUGAACUUGGGGGGGUGGGGGGCUUCCUGUAUCCUUUAAGUUUCCACUUGUUCCUUUUUGAACAUAUACAUGGAGGUCUGACUGCCUCACAUUUUAUUGGUCUUAUAGUGUUAUGAACUUCUAAUAUCUUUAACCAACUUUUAUCAUCCACUGCCAGAGAAAAAGAAGCAUCCCAAUCACCACAACUCGAGCUUGGUAUGAAAAGUUGUUUAGACAAGACUCCUAUUACAUAAAUACAACACUUAAUUAUCCCGCUUAAGGUUUAACUAAAGUUUUUCUCAGGUCUCAGUUAAUGUAAAAA